CUAAUACAUACUUUCUCCUCUGAACCGUACAACCGCAAGCAAAGAUGCAGUUCACUCUCAGUGCCCUCGGUGCCCUCAUGGCCGCCACCGCUGUCGCCCUCCCCCAGGACGAACUUGCUCAGCAACGGCCCGGCAACAUCCUGCACCCAGCCCCAGAUGGAAUGACCAUCGAACAGGCCUCGCAGAAAUGCGGCGACAAGGCCCAGCUGUCUUGCUGCAACGACGCUACGUACACCGGCGACGACACCAAAGUCAACGGCGGCCUUGUCUCUGAGGUGCUCGGAGCCGGCGCUGGCUCGCAGGGCAUUGGCCUUUUCUCCGGCUGCUCCAAACUGGAUUUGAAAUUGAAUAUCCUCCUCCUCCUAAGUGUCCAAGAUCUGCUCAAUCAGGAGUGCAAACAGAAUGUUGCUUGCUGCCAAGAGAGCGGUGGAUCUGCGGACGAGGAUGCUGUCGGCCUCCAGCUGCCAUGCAUUGGCCUUGGCUCGAUUAUCUAGAGGAGAUUCUAGGUUACACGUCAAUGGUCGCGAGCCGAACCAAUCUGUUCGGAGAGACUUGCGCAUGACGAGUGUUACUAUGAUAAUAAUCAUCAUCGGCUUUCUUAUGUUUUUUAUUACGAUCAUGAGCUAUGUCGCGGCUGUGGGAUUCAGGUUUGGCAAAGGGCAGGGGGGGUCCUUCCUACGGAAAACAACCAGGGCAGUUCAUGUCGUUCUGUCCCAUGUCCAAUGUACUGGAUAUCAAUGUAUAAUC